GUCAUAUCGAAAACGAGGCAGCAAACCGAAAAUCAAGAAAUAUCGAGGACAAAAACAGAAACUGAAUUAAUUGUACUUGAGUUGUUCAAUUCAUAGGUAUAUUUGAUAAGGCUGUGGUCAGGGCUGAGGUGCUUCUUGUUGACUUGCUGUCAUCAUGGCGCCUAACAACACCCUGGCGAUCUGGGGAAAUGAGAAGACGAUGAAUCUCAACUCUCUCAUUCUCACAAACAUCCAGUCCUCACCAUACUUCAAGGUUCAACUAUAUGAAUUGAAGACCUACCAUGAAGUGAUAGACGAGAUUUACUACAAAGUGAGUCACCUAGAACCCUGGGAGAAGGGCAGUCGCAAGACAGCUGGCCAGACAGGCAUGUGUGGAGGGGUCCGAGGUGUAGGUGCUGGUGGUAUUGUGUCCAGUGCCUACUGUCUGCUGUAUAAGCUGUUCACACUGCGACUCACAAGAAAGCAGCUCAAUGGUCUCCUAGAUCACUCAGACUCCCCAUAUAUUCGUGGCCUUGGAUUCAUGUACAUCAGGUAUUCUCAAGACCCCAAGGACAUGUGGGACUGGUACGAGCCUUACCUGGACGAUGAUGAGGAAGUUGACGUGAAGGCUGGAGGAGGUCAUAGUAUCACGAUAGGGGAGAUGCUACGUCAGUGGCUCGUGAAGCUUGAAUGGUACUCAACGCUGUUUCCCCGCAUCCCGGUACCCGUGCAGAAGGACAUUGACGUGAAAAUGCGGGCUCGAAAUGCAGGACAACGUCCUCCAAUGAUCGAAGAAGAGGCACCGCAGCAUAUCGCAGAUGAAGAUGUAAGCUUUGGUGAAGCUGAACAGUACGCUUCAAAUGCUGCCACCAGGCAAAGGUCACCAACACCGCCGUACAAAUCCCGCCCCCGCACUCCGCCCCCACGACCCAGGUCACCCCCUCGUAGAUCUCCUCAUCGCUCACCUCUGAGAAGGGAAAGGUCUCCUCCACGCCACAGGGACAGGUCACCUUUACAUAACAGGGACAGGCACCAUCGCUCUCGGUCACCUAGACGUGCAGAUGAACCUUCAGACUUCGCUGCAGAGCUACAGCGGGAAAAGAAACGCCAGGAUCGUCAUAGAGAUCCCGGCAGAUCUCAUCGAGACAGGUCACGUGAUCGUGAGAGGGAGAGGGAAAGAUCACGAGAUCAAGAACGGGUUUCUUCACGACGGGAUUCGCCAGAGAAGGAAGAAGAGCCAGAAGAUCCAAUUGACUUUAUAAAGGCCUUGCUGGCGGAGAAAGAGCGCCAAAAACAACAGAUUGCUCGACGACUUGCAGGAGAUCUCCUAGAACCAUUGGAACAGCCAGAUAAAUCGAAAAAUGCCAAGGAAUCUAAAGAUAAGGUUAAGGAGCAUAAGCAUUCUAAGAAGAGGUCUCGCUCGAGGGAACGGUCCAGUAAGCAUAAGUCUAGCAAACACAGGUCACGAUCUCGGGAACGCAAGAAGCAUAAGCAUAAGAGCAGGAAACGAUCUGUGUCACCGAGCGCCAGUAAGGUUGGACGGUGAUGGGCGUGAUUAAAUCAGGGAUCUUGUCAGAAUUUUUUUAAUUAUGUUAAUGGCAUGGUAUUGUUACUGAAGAAGUUCAAUUAAAUCAUUUCAUAAAGAUUUGCAACUAUUUAAAAUGCAUGAAUUUCAUUUUGCCAAUUUGGUGUGAAAAGCAUGUUAAACAUCUUAGGAUUCAGUGAUCUCUUAUUUUUUUUAUACAUUAACAUGUAUUUAUAACAAUUAAUUUUAAAGGUUCUAAAUGUUUUAAACGCAUAAUUCUGAAUUUUUUUCUUUUGAGUGUAAAUUUUUCAGUGGAAACUUUUUCAGUAACAAUACUUUGGUUGACGAUUUCACUUUUAUACAUAUACAUCAUUCAAAGACAUAUCUGUUUCGCAUUGUUGAAUGAAAGUAUGAUAUUGCAUAUUUUAAGUUUUGGUUGUUUUAAUGGUGUAUAAGUUGAUACAAACAGCCUUUUAUGUGUGAUGCUGGAUGUGUAUCAAUUUAAUAUGUGCAAACUAGGUGAUCUGAAAGUUUGCUUAAUCUUUUCAAGACCAAGAACUCCCUGACAAAGCAAAUGUAAGUUUUAUUGUGGGAGCUGAUGUGUUUUUAUGGAUGUAAACAUUCAAGUUGCUAUGGAUAAUCAGCGUAAAAAGUUUUCCAGGUUUACACACCCAUUGCAAGCGCUUUGUUGCUGCUAAAAUGUGCUGCUAAAUAAAAAGAAAAAACACUAAUGCAAAAUAAGUGAUCAAAUUUGUACAUUCUUUGUGGAUUCCUUGUGAAAAUACAUUUUAAUAAACCACAGAAUUUCACAUUAUCAUUUUAGCUUGUCUGUUUUUCAAAGGUCUGUUUUUCAAAGGAGAAAGUUAAAUUCUCACAGCCUUAAAGAAUGGUUGUGUUAAGUGGCAUUGAAAAACUAACCUUAAACUUUUGAAGAUGACUAUUUGAAACUCAAUAUACAUAUAUGGAUAGAUGCGCAAAUAUAAAAUCUUCUGGGAAAAACUUCAGCGUGACAGGCUGAUGUAACAUAUUUUAUUUACCAAAUUGUUAACAGACAAGUGUUGGCAACCACUUGUUAGGGUUCAUGUUUUAAAUGGAUCAACAUGUGUUUGCACCAAGCAAUUGUAAGUUUUAUGUUAUUGUUGUAUAUAUUCAUUUUAGAACUCUCAAUAAAAAUUGAACAUAA